CAAAAAGAGCGAUACGAAUGACGGUAAGGGAAGGAUAGCCUAUCGUUGGACACGUGUGGCAAUGGACAGGUCAUCAUUGUAACCUUGUCCACCUCGUCUGGAAAUAAGGUUAAAUAUGGCAUCAAAUUUGACUUUGGCUUUUCCUCUUCUUUUUAUUUUUUCGCUUCCAUAUCUUCUUCUUUUCAUAUUGGGAUUUUUUUUUCCCUUGACAAUAUUGCUUAAUUCGAAACUUAUUGCUCGUUUUCCCCGCUUCUUUUCAUUUUUUUCUCAGGCAUUUUUUUUUUUUUCAGCAGUACCAAAAAAGAAAAUGAAGUUUGCCAAACAUCUCGAAAAAGAGAGUAUACCCGAAUGGAGAAAAGCCUAUCUAAAUUACAAAUCCCUGAAAAAGAGACUUAAAUUAGUCGAUGAGCAUCGAAAACUCAGUGAACAACAAGCCGCCCUGGAACUGGAUCAUGCUUUCUACCGACGUCAUACCGAUUCCUUUGAUGCAGGGAUGCCUCAACGAUGGCCUUCGAAUGCAAUCUCAUAUUGGCAUACCAACACCGAUUGGCCGUUUCCGACCCACAAUAUCGAUGAUAAAUUAUCAAAUAAACUCGAUCCUCCGCUUUUUGAUACAUCCAAGGGAUUGAAUGUCAGACCCACUUCAGGCUCAUCGCCAGUCGGUUACGGUACCACAUCCAACUUAGACGACGUCUUGUUUCAUGCCAGUCAUUCAGAACGCCUCUUCUUUGAUCUGCUCAAUAAGGAGCUUGAAAAAGUGGCGCUAUUCUACGACGAGAAAGAAAACGAAGCCAAGGCUAAACUCGAAGCGUUGAAAAUGCAACUUCAUCUGAUUGCUGAUUAUGGACGCCAUUUCCUGACACCUGCCCAUGACACAGGAACGGAUUCCAUCUUUGAUUGGCUGAAACAUCAGCCUCUCUCCGCGGAUGUUACCUUCAAUGUGGCAAGAAGCCGGCUGAAAAAGGCCCUUACGGAGUUUUAUCGAAGCCUUGAAUUUCUGCGCUCUUACAAAUCACUCAAUGAAACCGGAUUUCAGAAAAUCCUCAAAAAGUUUGACAAGCGGGUUGGAAGGCGAGUACGCUUUAUAAUCCCAAGAUAAAGAAAUACCACUGGGCAACUUCCACAGAACUUGAUACGAUUCUCCAUGAAACCGAGACGUUAUACAUUCAAGAAUUCACGGACGGUCAUCGGGGUCGCGGUAUGCGCAAACUGCGUGUACCUGAAAAUCAAGGAGACUAUUCUGGUGCCACAUGGCGUAUCGGAUUCAUGUUGGGAAUGGCAGGCUUGUUAUUGUUUCAGACGUGUCAACUGGGUAACAAAAACAAUCGAUUGUAUACAUUUUCAUCGUCCGUUCUU